GGUAGUGGAAUGAGUGCCGCCUGGGAAUCAUUGUCAAGUGGAAUUUAUUUUGUUGUCGAACGUGGGCAACGCAACACUUCAGUGCAUUAAUAUACAUCGAUAAAUCAGAUACGACAUAAAGCUUGGUCAAUUGCUACUGCAGGUUGUUUAACGGGAACAUUACAAAAUAGAAUUGCAAUUUUGAAAUGAACCAAUCAAUUGAAGCGUUGGAUACAUUUUGUGGCACACCGUUCUGGAAUGCAUCUUUAACAUGGAAUACUACUAAUCCCGAUUUUACGAUAUGUUUUGAAAAAACAGCCUUAGUAUUUAUACCUGUUGGAUUUUUUUGGACGUUUUUGCCUCUGGAGAUUAUAUUUCUAAAAAGAAGUCAGUACAGAGAUAUAGGACGGAACUGGAGAUAUUUAUUAAAACGACUCAUACUCUUCGUCCUAGUUUUAAUCUGUAUAUGUGACUUUUUUUCAAAUGCGCCUGCAAAUAUUCCUCUGCAAAAAGUUAAUAUUUUCAUGCCCAUUGUGAAGCUAAUAACAUUUGCUACUUGUGGUGUUUUGGCACACAAAAAUACUAGAAAUGGCUACCGAGGAUCAGGACAUCAAUUUUUAUUUUGGCUACUUUGCACCAUAUGCGGCAUUCCUCAGUUUAGAUCUGAGCUGCAAAGAGUAUCUGGCGAAUUUAUAUCCGAAAAUGUAUUUUCUGAUAUCACUUAUUUAUUAUACUUUCCACUGGUUUGCUGCAUGUUAAUACUGAAUAGUAUCAGUGAAGGUGUACCUCGAAUAAUGCUGAAGAAACAAAAAGAAAGUCCCAUUAAAGAGUAUGGCUUUUUAGGAAAACUCUUAUAUAUCGCCUAUGGUAGCAUACUUUAUAAAGGCUUUCGUAAACCUUUAGAGUUCGAAGAUACAUGGUAUUUGGAUUAUGAAAAUAGAGCUGAGAAUAUCGUUCCACUAUUUGAAAAUGAAUUUAAAAGACGGCAAGAAUAUAACACAAAAAAAAAUUCAGAAUUCUCCAAAAAAAGACAUGCAAAAAAUGCCAAUAUAGUGUCAGCCCUUUCAGUGUUAUUUGCCUGUUUCUAUCCUGCUUUUCUUAUCGGGAUUCUCUGUAGACUAGUUGGAGAAUUCAUUUUGUUUAUUAACCCUCAAAUAUUAAGGUUGCUGAUAUCGUUUAUUGGAUCUGACGAGCCCAUGUGGAAAGGAUACCUUUAUGCCAUUUCUAUGUUCAUAUUCGGAUCCACUCAUACCUUGAUCAACAACACUCACAUGUAUAAUCUGUGGCUUUUCAGUAUACGUUCACAGACAGCUAUCAGGUCCGCUAUAUACAGAAAAGCUCUAAGAAUUUCAAACGCUACAAAAAAAGACAAAACUGUGGGAGAAAUUGUUAAUAUAAUGGCCGUAGAUGCAAACAGGUUUCAAGAUUUUUCCUUACACGUUCCUGCAUUAUUGUCCGCUCCUCUUCAAUUAGCACUAUCACUGUACUUUUUAUGGCAAGAAGUGGGUCCAUCGAUCCUAGCAGGUUUUGCCGUGAUGAUCCUAUUGAUUCCACUAAACGUUUUUAUUGUAAGGCAAUCAAAGAAGUUGCAGGUUAAACAGAUGAAGGAUAAAGACGAAAGAGUGAAGAUGAUGAACGAAGUCCUGAACGGAAUCAAAGUACUAAAACUCUACGCGUGGGAACCAAGUUUCGAAAGGAUUGUUGAAAAAAUUCGAGUUAAAGAGAUCAAAACAAUAUUGCUAAUGAAUUACUUAAAUGCAGUUGCCCAGUUUGUCUGGAAUAUGGCUCCAUUUUUAGUUUCGUUUGUCACAUUCGCAACCUAUGUACUAAUUGACGAAAAUAAUGUAUUAGAUGCACCAAAAGUUUUCGUCUCUUUGUCAUUGUUGAAUAUAUUAAGAGCACCGUUGAAUCAAAUUCCCACUGUGAUGAGUACCUUGGUGCAAACCGCAGUAGCAUUAAAAAGAAUAAACGCUUUUUUGAAUGCGGACGAAUUAGAUCCGUAUAUCGAACAUGACAGGACAGAAGGUGCUCCAAUAGUAGUGGAAAAUGGUACUUUCAGUUGGGGAGAGAAACCUAUUCUUAAAAACAUACAUUUCAGAAUCCCGAACCGUUCCCUUACAGCUAUCGUAGGGCCGGUAGGAUGCGGAAAGAGCUCUUUGAUUAGCGUUCUUUUGGGUGAAAUGGAUAAAGAGUCUGGUAGGGUUAACUUGUACGGCGAUAUUGCUUACGUACCGCAAUUGGCUUGGAUCCAAAACGGAACGGUAAAGGAGAACAUCAUUUUUGGUUCGGAAUUUGAUAAAAGAAGGUACAAAAAAGUUAUCGAAGCAUGCGCUCUGGAACCCGACUUCGAAAUGCUCGCUGAUGGAGAUCUUACUGAAAUAGGUGAGAAAGGUAUUAAUCUGUCUGGAGGUCAGAAACAACGAAUAAGUUUAGCCAGAGCGGUGUAUAAUGACGCUGACAUUUACUUGCUGGACGAUCCAUUGAGCGCAGUGGACUCACAUGUAGGAAAGCACAUUUUCGAGCAAGUCUUAAGUUCAACGGGUUUGCUGAAGAAUAAGGUUAGAGUUUUAGUAACGCACGGUAUAACAUAUUUGCCCAAAACCGACCGAGUUCUUGUCAUGAAAGAUGGAAGGAUAACUGAGAGCGGAAGUUACAAAGAGUUGUUAUCAAAAGGGGGAGCCUUUGCCGAGUUUCUUAUGCAACACAUCAGCGAAGAAAAUGUAGACGAGUCAGAACUGGAUGAAAUCGAAGAACAACUUGAAGAAACACCUAUCGCUAUGGAAAUAAAACGAAAAAUAUCCAGGCAAAGGUCUCAUCUUUCCGAAUGUUCCGACACUAUACAAAAUAGCCUUAGUAGUUUAUCGAUGUCACGAGAAAGCUUAAGGCUUCGUAGAAGUUCGUCGAAAAAACGGCACAGCGACACUUCAAAGCUGUCAUUUCACAAAUUCAAUCAAACCGAGAAAGGCAAAUUAAUCGAAAUCGAAAAUGCGGAAACAGGCAACGUCAAAAUGGCCGUGUACAAAUAUUACCUAUCGGCAGUUAGUCCAAUAUUGAUUACGUUCACCGUAUUGUGUUACUGUGGAUUUCAAGGGUUUGGAAUUGCUUCCAAUACUUGGCUGGGAUUCUGGGCUGAAGACACCGAUGUGAUGGUCGAUGGAAAAGUCAAUACGGGAUUGAGAAACAUGUAUCUGGGAAUUUACGGGGCACUCGGAAUAAUACAAGGAAUUUGCAUAUUAGUAGCAGAUACAGUAUUCGCCAAAGGUACCACCAAUGCUGCCACCAAACUACAUGGAAAAUUGGUGAAUGCUGUUAUGCAUUUGCCGAUGCAGUUCUUUGACAUAACACCCUGUGGAAGAAUAUUAGCUAGAUUUUCUAGCGACGUUGUUGGCGUAGAUCAAAGACUACCAAGCAAUUUCAAUAAUUUUUUCGGGCACACUGUAAAGGUAUUAGGAUCAAUCGCUAUAAUUUGUUACACAACUCCAAUAUUCACAGCAGUACUAGUUCCUAUAGGAGUUAUAUAUGUCUUUAUAGAAAGGUAUUUUGUUGCUACAUCUAGACAAAUUAAACGAUUAGAAUCGGUAACCAGGUCUCCAGUAUAUUCUCAUUUUGGAGAGACUCUCUCUGGCACUACCGUUAUCAGAGCGUACCGCAGUGAAGAUAGAUUCAUAGAGGAAUCAGAUCAUCGUGUUGAUAACAGUCAAAGAUGUCUAUUUCUUACCGUCUAUGGGUAUAGAUGGUUGGGGAUACGCUUGGAAACGAUUGGAAAUAUUAUUAUUUUAACGUCAGCAAUAUUUUCCAUUUUAAGCAAGGAUAUCAAUCCUGCCAUGGUCGGUUUGUCUGUCAGUUAUGCACUACAGAUAACUAAUAACUUGAAUAUGUUGAUUCGAACAGUGGCCGAGGUUGAAUCAAAUAUUGUGAGCGUCGAACGUAUCAAGGAAUACACCGAGAAGACACAGGAAAAACCUUGGGAAAUAUCAGAGAGGAAACCGAACCAGUUGUGGCCAGACACUGGAAACGUGCAGUUCAAAGACUAUUGCGUCAGGUAUCGAGCUGGUCUCGAUCUAGUGUUGAAAGGAAUAAGUUUCAAUGUACAAGGCGGCGAAAAAAUUGGAAUUGUUGGAAGGACCGGAGCUGGCAAAAGUAGCUUAACGUUAUCAUUAUUCAGAAUUAUUGAAGCUGCGGAGGGAAAAAUUAUCAUAGACGGCAUUAAUAUAUCUGAAAUAGGGCUUCACGAUUUGAGAUCGAAGUUAACAAUUAUCCCUCAAGACUCUAUCCUAUUUUCUGGAUCGUUAAGAUUGAAUUUGGAUCCGUUCGAUAUGUACAGCGAUGCAGAAGUUUGGAAGGCUCUUGAGUUGGCGCAUCUGAAAGAUUUUAUUAAUGGUUUACCUUCUGGAUUGUACCAUAAAGUUUCCGAGGGCGGCGAAAACUUAUCCGCAGGUCAACGCCAACUGCUUUGUCUAGCUAGAGCACUUUUGAGGAAAACCAAAAUACUAAUUCUGGACGAAGCUACAGCAGCUGUUGACUUAGAAACCGACGAUCUUAUACAGAAAACCAUCCGUACAGAGUUCGCCGAUUGUACUGUGAUCACUAUAGCGCACAGACUGAACACUAUCGUAGAUUCCAACCGCGUGUUGGUGCUAGAUAAAGGCAAAAUUGCAGAAUUUGAGGCUCCGCAAAUUUUGCUACAAAAUAAAGAAUCGAUUUUCUACGGUAUGUGCAAAGAUGCUGGAUUGGUUAUCUAGCCUACAGACAGAAAAGUAGUGUUAGUGAUAAGUGAUGCUUCAAGACAGUUUCGAGAUUGAGAUUUUAACUCGAUAUGGUAUUAUAAACAAUAAAUGAUAAUAAUAAUUUACUUUUGUAUACCGUUAGUUUCUUUCAUUAUAUUUUUUGCAUUGUUAA